GUCGUGUUUCCCCCGCUCUCGCUCAUUUAUGCCAGCAGAGAGGGAGGAAGAAGCGAAGCAGAUAAGGUGUAAAGAGCUCAACGAGUGAAACGAUUCUCUGUACAUUUCAACAUUUGGCCCAGAGAGGAAUUUCACCAUGCCUGAGGAAGGAGAAGGAGAAGGGGAAUAUUAUGGAAAGCAUGGCGAGCCGAGAAAGUAUGACCCGACCUUUAAGGGCCCAAUCCAGAACAGAGGCUGCACAGACAUCGUGUGCUGUAUUUUCUUCAUUAUUGCCAUCCUGGCUUACAUUGCAGUGGGAAUACUCGCCUGGACUCAGGGCGACCCCAGGAAGGUGAUCUAUCCCACAGACAGUCAAGGCCAGUUCUGUGGGCAGGCGGGCACCCCACUUGAGAACAAGCGACUUCUGUUCUACUUCAACAUCAUGAAGUGUGCCAGCCCGAUGGUGCUGCUGGAGUUUCAGUGCCCGACCACACAGAUGUGUGUGGAGAAGUGCCCCGAAAAGUUCAUGACGUUAGUCAAAGCCUACAGCAACAGAAAUGACUUUGAGUACUACAAGAAAUUCUGCAAGGAAGGUGUGACGAAUACGAUGGGUAUACCAAAAAUCCUCCAGUUAGGUCUCUGUCCUGCCAUGCUGACCCCCAGCAAGCCCUUCACUCGUAGGUGUUUCCCAGCUCUGGGUGAGAAAGGAGGGGUGAUAACGGUUGGAAACAACUCCCACUUUGAAGAUGGAAGCGGAAAGAUCAGGGAGGCGAAGGACCUUGUGGACGGAGUCAAGAACGCCACCGUGGUUAUCGAGGCUCGUCAGGUGGUCAUGAAGAUCUUUGAGGAUUACACGCAGUCCUGGUACUGGAUCCUGUUAGGGCUGGUCAUUGCGAUGCUCACCAGCCUGCUCUUCAUCAUCCUCCUGCGCUUCCUGGCAGGUAUCAUGGUCUGGGUCAUGAUUGCCUUGGUGAUAAUCGUCAUAGGAUACGGUAUCUUCCACUGCUACAUGGAGUACGCUGCCCUGAAAGGAGAGCCGGGCGCUGAUGUGACUCUACAGCAACUGGGCUUCCAGACGGACUUCACCGUCUACCUGCAGAUCAGACAGACCUGGCUGGCCUUCAUGAUCAUCCUGGCCAUCGUGGAGGUCAUCAUCAUCCUGCUGCUCAUCUUCCUCAGGAAGAGGAUCCUCAUUGCUGUCGCUCUCAUCAAAGAAGCCAGCAGAGCCAUCGGUCACGUGAUGUCUUCCCUUUUCUACCCGCUGUUCACUUUCCUCCUCCUGGCCAUGGUCAUCGCCUACUGGGCAACUACUGCUGUCUUCUUGUCUACCUCGAAUGAACCCAUCUACAAAGUCUUCAAUGAGACAGAAUGCGAACACUCAAGAAAAACUUGUGACCCUGCGAACUUCUCGACCAGUCCUGAGAAAACACAGUGUCCUGACUCCGAGUGCCUUUUUGCCUUCUACGGCGGAGAGACUGUUUACCACAAAUACCUGAUCGGCCUGCAGUUCUACAACGUCUUCCUCUUCUUCUGGUGCGCCAACUUUGUGACGGCUCUGGGACAGAUGACUCUGGCCGGGGCCUUCGCGUCAUACUACUGGGCCUUCGUCAAGCCGGAUGACAUGCCUGCCUUCCCCGUGUUUUCCGCUCUAGGGAGAUCUCUCAGGUAUCAUACAGGAACUCUGGCGUUUGGCGCCUUUAUCCUCUCAGUCAUUCAGAUCAUCAGGGUUCUGCUGGAGUAUCUGGACCACAAGCUGAAAGGAGCCCAAAAUAAGUUUGCCAAGUUCCUGUUGUGCUGUCUGAAGUGCUGCUUCUGGUGUCUGGAGAAAUUCAUCAAGUUCCUAAACAGAAACGCCUACAUUAUGGUGGCAAUUUAUGGUAAGAACUUUUGCACGUCUGCCAGAGAUGCCUUUAUGCUCCUGAUGAGGAACAUGAUCAGGGUGGCUGUUUUAGACAAAGUGACAGAUUUCCUCUUAUUUCUGGGCAAACUGCUCAUCGUCGGGCUCGUAGGGAUCUUUGCCUUCUUUUUCUUCUCUGGGAGAGUGAAGGCCUUUGAGGAUACGGCUCCACAUCUACACUACUACUGGGUGCCCAUCCUGACUGUGGUGGUUGGAUCCUACCUCAUCGCCCACGGAUUCUUCAGUGUGUACGCCAUGUGUGUGGACACGCUGUUCCUCUGUUUCUGUAAGUCGCUCCGCCUCGGUCACUGUUGCCUCCCAUGUUAUUGCGUCCAGAUUAUGUAGAGUCCAUCUGACUGUGGACAAAGAAACCAGCAUCUCAGAUCAGAUAAAUCCUUUGAAACCAGAGCAAAUUGCCUUGAUUUCUUUAAAAGAAAACAUGGGAAGAGAGCAA